AGUGGGUUUUUUUUCUUGGAAUGAAAGAAUGGGACAACAUUACAAAAAAUAAAAACUUGAAACAGAACGUGUAUUAUCCUUGGUUGUGUUUCCUUGGCCCUGCAGCAGGAUGAAGCUCUCCAUUGGCAUCAUUUUCUGCUCCCUGGUACUGGGUAUCAGCAGCCAGCGAUGGUUAACAUUCCUCAAGGAAGCUGGCCAAGGGUCUCCGGACAUGUGGAAAGCCUACUCUGACAUGAAAGAAGCCAAUUACAAAAAUUCAGACAAAUACUUCCAUGCUUGGGGGAACUACGACGCUGUACAAAGGGGGCCUGGGGGUGUCUGGGCUGCAGAAGUGAUCAAGUAAUGCACAUUCCUGAUGUUGCCGGGGAUGGGUGAGCAGAGCUUGCCUGCCUUGGACAGUCAGGAGAGAGGCAAGCUCCUUGUAGAUAAGUUAGAGG